CUCUUCUCCCACAGAACAGACUCCCACGCCGUCUCCGCCCCCUCCCCUUCACGGCUUUGCGCGCGUAGAUCGGAGGAAUGGUGAGCGCGUCGAGCCUGCUGCUCCCGUCGUCGGUGCGGGACCUGGCCUCCUGCGUCUCCGACGGCGCCGUCCGCGUCGCCUGCACCACCCCGGCGUCCACGUUCACGGUCUCCUCCUCCUCGCCGUCGCCGCCGUCCACGCUCUCCGUCGCCGUCUCCUACCGCGCCACGCCGCAGGUCGCGUCGUCGCCGCCGCUCCUCCUGCGCCUCACCUGGUCGCACUCCCCGCGCGGGCAGCCGACGCUCUCCUUCGCGGGGCCCACGGCGUCGUCGCCCGCCGUCCUCCUCCGGCGCCGCAGGGGCACCUACUGCCUCCCCUCCUCCUCCUCAUCCUCCGCACACGCCCCGCCGCUCGCGAUCUUCUGGGACCUCACAGGCGCCAGGUACGACGGGGCGGGCUCGUCGUCCCCGGAGCCGGUCUCCGGGUUCUACGUGGUGGCCGUGGCCAGCGCCGAGGUGGUGCUGGCCGUGGGCGACCUGGCGGCGGGGUUCGUGAAGGCGAAGCUGGAGGGCCAGAUCCCGCGGGCGCGCUCCAUCCUGGCCGUGUCCCGCGUGGUCGUCGUCGCGGCGGCGGGUCCGGGCGCCGCGGCGCACACGGCGCGGGUGCGGUUCGCGGAGGGCGCGCCGGAGCACGAGGUGGCCGUGGGCUGCUGCCGCGGGCUGGGCGGCCGGCCCGGGGAGGAGGACGAGCUGUGGGUCAGCGUGGACGGCAAGCGCGCCGUGCACGCGCGCCGCCUGCGCUGGAACUUCCGGGGCAACCAGACGGUGUUCGUGGACGGCGCGCCCGUCGACGUGCUCUGGGACCUGCACGGCUGGUGGUUCCGCCGCGACCCGCCGGGCUGCGCCGUCGUGAUGCUCCGCACCAGGAGCGCGCUCGAGAGCAGGCUCUGGCUCGAGGAGGAGGCCAGGGCGCCCGGGUUCGCGCUCCUCGUGCAGGCCUUCAGGACGCCGCCUUGAUCUUUUUUUUGGCCUUGGUGCUUGGUGGUGGUGGUGGAUGCCAUGGAUAAGUUCGUUUGCACUUUGCAGCCCCCUGAUUGUCGAUGAAGUUGAGCAGAUGCUCUGCUGCCAGUGCCUGCUGCUUCAUGUUUUUCCUCUGCCUUUUGACCUGGGGAUCUGGUGCCUGGUGUUUAGCAAUCCAAAUUCGAAUCCAACAGGGCAACGGUUUGCGUUGACAAUUUAGAUGUUUGGGACGACACCAUGGAUUUCUUCAUGUGGUUUAUGGUAUACAACAAAAAAGAGGAGAGAUUGGUUUGUGCUGUUUAGGUCUUGAUCAAGCACUAACUGCUUGCUUUCGAGUACACCUAGAGAAAUUGAUGCUCCGUAUCCGACUGUAUCUUGUUGCUCUUCACUAUUUUGUCUAUUGAUGGUUGCAGCCUGUCAUAAUCAAGGGCCAUUUUGGUUCCAGCAUGUUGUUGUCAUUUGAUCAUGUAAUUUCUGCAGGGGGACACAGUGGAUGUCCCUGUAAUAAAUUAUGGCCACAUGACUGUGUGUGUCUCUGUCAUAC